AUGAUCCGUGCUCAUGAAUAUCCUGUAACGAGUUGGGGUAGAACUAUCGCCGCUUUUGUCUAUCAUUCGAAGUGUCAACUGAAAAAGAGCCAGCUCUCCGAUAUAAAGCUACAUGGAGCUCAUGAUGAUUUCCGCCAUGUUUUCAAUCAUGGUAGCUCGUCGUACAAUGGAGGAAACCGUUAUAAUGCACUGUUCUUUAAGGAUGUCUUCGAAAAGAAACUACGGUUUUUCUCUUACCACGAGUACAAGAAGAGGCUUCCUUCUUUUGGUCAGCUGUACAAUCGCUACUCUUUUGUUAUCAAUUCGUUCAUCGCUGCUAAGAAUUUUGGACGUGACCACGACCGUUUAGCGGAUCUUGCUGCCUUUUGUGGUCAUAUUUCUGCGCAAAUACCGGCGCUAGCGGAUGAAUGGGUCGCAGCAAUCAAGGCGUUAUGUUGUUCAAGUGGAAGCCAGUAUACGGGUUAUGGUGAGCUGCUGGCUCACAUUGAUAUAAAUGACUGCUCGACACAUUAUCCGUUGGCAACCUUUGUGUUGCUACUGGCUGGUAAAUAUGCCUUCAGUGUACCGCGACUAAUAGCCGAACUACUGAACAACGCAUUCCCAGUGGUUAUGAAGAGAGAACAAAGUUCAUUCGUGUCAGGGCGCUAUAACGUUAUGGGAAGAAGCGAGUACGAUUGCGAACCUGGUGCCUGCCUCACCCUCCUCAUUCUAGCACAGAUCAGUUGUGCUACUGAUGAGCCAUAUCACUUGUCGGAGCAUUACGUGGGAACAAGUCCGAAAGUGAAGUUGCUUCCGAAAUGUGCAGACGAGCACAUGUUGUCGAUGAUUCACUGGUUUGUCAUUCCUUUCAAUUUUACCCGUUAA